GGGUCAAUUCAACUGCAAGAUAAAACCCAACAGCCCCUCAAUUCUUUUCAAACUCCAAUGAAGACUACUCCUCUGCUUACAAGUCUUCUCCUAAUCAGCUGCUGCUUCUUUCAUGUCUCCUCUACUGAUUUACCCCUCGGAAUCCAUCCUCUUGAUGAGAAGUACUAUGGUUCGGAGGUGAUAAAAUGCAAAGAUGGGUCUAAUUCCUUCACCAAAGAUCGUCUCAACGACGAUUUCUGUGAUUGCCUCGACGGAUCUGAUGAGCCCGGAACGGCUGCCUGUCCAGCUGGAAAAUUUUAUUGCAGAAAUGUGGGCAGUACACCUAAAUUCCUGUUCUCUUCUCGCGUGAAUGAUAAUAUUUGUGAUUGUUGUGACGGAAGUGAUGAGUAUGAUAGUACUGUCAAUUGCCCCAAUACUUGCGUAAUGGGUGGGGAUUUUUCUUAUCAAACAAGAAGUUAUGGUUCAAGAAGAAAACAUCUCGAUCUAAUUGGUGGAAAAAAUGCUAAUGGGGUCAAUAUGGAUGACUCGGCUCAGCGACUGCAAGGUCUGAAGAUACUGGUACUUGUACAGGUGGUCGUUAUCAUUAUUUUUCUGGUUUUCCGGAAAUUAUAUCGGCAAUCAAGGUCUAAAAGAAGACAUUUGCGUUGAGAAUUGAUCCCAAGAUUACUAUUAUUAUCACAGUAUGUUCUCAGGAAGUUUCUCUCUGGUUCUCUCUAUCUUUCGUUGUCUCCCAACCAUGAUUAUUUGACCUAACUUCGGAGUGCAGUUGUGUUCCGUAGGCAUAAUUGUAUGUCUAAGAGAUGGCUGCAAACUGAAGGUCCAACUUGCUGAUUGUUGACGUUCUUCUUUAAUGAUUCUUACAUACAUCUAUCCGGAGACGGGAUUGUGACAACAAACUAUUAAAGCCCUGCACCAGUUCUUGAAGUAUCAUUUUAUUAGGCGCUCCUAUGAACUUUUGACUUUCUUGGUUGUUCAAAUUGACAAGUAAGUUGCAUACUGUAGUGGAUCUCUACAAAGUCUUUGCAUUGUCCGAUCAACCAGCGGCGAGUUAAUGUAUGUUAUGGUUUCAGUUAAUUGAUGCUUUAAACAUUAAGAAGCUUUUAAGUUGCUAUCAACCAUCACCGGUUGUUAUAUAUAUAUGCUUCCAUGUUUUCCCCGAAUUUCAUCAGUUCCAGGCUCAAGUGCCUGAUCAUCCAUCUUCAUUCCAAACAAAGGCGAACAUCUCCAUUGAGUGACUGUAACUGCUAUGGUUUACAGUCAAUAGUUCUUAACCAAUCUUGUAGUUCUAUAUAUGUUGCUAUGACUAGUUUAAAUAAUAUGUUCUUAGAUUGUUAUUGCCUUGUUAAGUAGUUUUACUUUUCUUGUGUUGUUCUUAUAAUUUCUUUUCAGGAACUUUUCAUGUUUUUGACUAAUUAUUUUGACGAUUCCGUUGUUUAAGGGUCUCCCAUUAUCCCGAAGGGGAGAUAUCUCUUUUCGAUCGCUUCAGUGAACUCUACCCGACCCUGCUAUUCAGAUUCGAAGAGUCCUCCUGAAUAUAUUUCCAUGGAGGUUACUGUUAUUGUUAUUCUGCAUCUUUUCAUUUUAUUUUCCAAUUUUUCUAUGACUAUUAUCUCUCUUCGUGUACUUCUUUUUCCUUUCUGAUGUAUUUAAUUUCAGUUAUUCAAAAUUGUCCCGGGACAAAGAUACAAAAGUACACUAAAAGCCAGGCAGGUCGUUGCGAUGCAAAAAAGAUUAUCAAAGACCUGCUGAUAGAGAAAAUUAUUAAGAAGGCAUGUAUUCGUCAGAUUUGUUUUACAUAAAGCCAGUUCAGGUCGCAAUUGAUUUCACGGGCUUUUAACAUUUGUAUUUAAAAGCGACAUCUAAUUAAAAGGCACGUGAAAUCAACUGCGACCUGGACUGGUUUAUGUAAGACAGAUCUGACGUAUACAUACCUUCUUCGCAUCCCUACGACCUCUCUGGCAUUUAGUGUACUUUUGUGUCUUUGUCCCGGGGCAGUUUUGAAUAACUGAAAUUAAAUACAUCAGAAAGGAAAAAAAGUACACGGAGAGAGAUAAUAGCCAUAGAAAAGUUGGAAAAUAAAAUGAAAAGAUGCAGAAUGAUAGUAAGAGUAAGUAACCUCCACGGGAAUAUAUUCCGGAGGACUCUUUCGAAUCUGAAUAGCAGGCAAAUUUGGGUAUUUGAUUUGAGUCGGCUAGAGUUCACUGUAGCGAUCGAAAAGAGAUAUCUUCCUUCGGGAUAAUAGGAGACCCUUAGACAAUAGAAUCGUCAAAAUAAUUAGUCGAAAAACAUGAAAAGUUUCUGAAAAAAAAUUGUAAGAACACAAGAAUAGUAAAACUACUUAACAAGACAAUAACAAUCUAAAAACAUAUUCUUUUAAACCAGUCAUAGCAACAUGAACUACAAGAAUACAUCAUAUAUAUAUAUAUAUAUAUAUAUAUUGGUUGAUGGCAACUUAAAAGCUUCUUAAUGGUUAAAGUAUCAAUUAAUUUGAAACCAUAACAUAUAUUAACUCUGCCGCUGGUUGAUCCGACGAUGCAAAGACUUUGUAGAUUAAAACUAUGUUUGUGGUCAAUCGAGCCUUGAUAUGUGGCUCAGAUGCUCGUGCAUACAUAAAGCUCUAGUUGGUACUUGUUCUCUUUCAUGUGUUCUUAAAUCUUGAUGGCUUGGUUGCUCGUCUGACUUCAUCAUUCCUUAACAUCCUGUUUAUAUGUUAAUUCGGAGAGGAGCUCAACACUCUUUGGUUGCACAAAUGAAGGGAGAUAGUAUCACAGGAAUGUGCUAGGCAGGCAUUUAUGUACUGGAGAUGGGGGUUUAAUUUGCAAACAGUAUGUUUGAUAGUAUCACUCUACUUUAAAUAUAGGACUCCGUUAUUUUACAUUUCUGUAAUUGUUAACAUUAUUGAGUUAGAGAAGAAAUGAAUCCCUGUUACCUCUUUA